AUGGCCAAGAGCGUACUCAAUGAAAUAAUUACUAGACUAAAAAUAUCAAAAUAUUAUUCAGUCUCUGUUGAUUCCACUCCAGAUGAAGGGCACAUAGAUCAACUCACGGUAAUAUUUCGUUACAUGGAAAACCUUAUUCCUGUAGAAAGAUUUUUAACGUUUUUACCUAACAGUGGACAUACGGGUAAAGCUAUAGCUGAAACACUUAUUCACUUCUUAAAUGAAUAUAACAUCGAUAUAAAAGACUGUCGGGGGCAGUCAUAUGACAACGCUGCAAACAUGAGUGGGAAAUACAAUGGAAUGCAAGCUUUUAUAAAACGAGUAAAUGGUUACGCAAUUUUUGUGCCAUGCUGUGGGCAUUCAUUAAAUUUAGUUGGAAAAACAGCAGCUAAUUCAUGUCCUACUGCUAUAAAAUUCUUUGAUUUCGUUCAAAAUAUAUACGUAUUUUUUACAUCAUCUCCGUCAAGAUAUCAAAUUUUAACCAAAAAGUUAUCAUUGAAAAAUUCGAAUACACAAUUUCAUGUUCCUAAAAAUUUAAAUGAUACUCGUUGGUCAUGUAGAGCAGAUGCCACCAAAGCAUUAGUAUUAGGUUAUAAUGAAUUUAAAGAGACUUUGGAAUAUAUUUCAAAAGACCCAGAGCAAAAAGAAGUUGUUAAAAAUGAAGCGAAUGGACUUCUGAAAAAAAUCACUAGUUUUGAAAUUGCAUUUUAUUUAUUAUUUUGGAAUGACAUUUUAGACCGCUUCAACGCCACAAAUCACUUGUUACAAAAUCCUAAGAUGGUUCUUCAAUCUGCGGUAACAGCUCUUACUUCUUUGAAGCUUUUUGUUCAAGAUAAACGUAAUUCAUUUGACGAUUAUGAAGAAACGGCCAAAAAAAUGUCAGGAAAAACCGACUACCCUGAAAUUCGAAUUCGCUCACAAAAUGUAAGACUCACUCCAUUGGAAAAUAGAAACCAGGAAACUACUCAAUUAUCUCAAAGAGAAAAAUUCCGAUCUGAAAACUUUCUCCCGGUUAUCGAUCAGUUGUAUACAUCUCUAACUGAUAGAAUAAAAGCCUAUGAUAUAAUAUGUAAACGAUUCGGAUUUUUCAGAAAAUUAGGAAAUAUAGAACCUUCAGAAUUAUUAUUAUCUGCCACAAAUCUGGUCAAUAUAUACUCUGAAGAUUUGGAAGCAACUUUAGGUAACGAAUUAUUGCAGUUUAAUAGUUUGGUUAAUUUACGUCAAAAAGAUUGCGGAAAGGAAGAAUCGUGGGAAUUAUUUUUGUUCAGGAUACUCUAUGAAGACAAUUUAAAAGUUACCUUUCCAAAUGUAGAAAUUGCUCUGCGUAUGUAUUUGGUGUUAAUGGUGGCAAACAGUAGUGGAGAACGCUCGUUUUCAAAAAUGAAACUUAUAAAAAAUAGAUUGAGAACUACAAUGACACAAGAUCGUCUAACCAACUUAACCAUUUUAAGUAUUGAAAGUGAUAUACUACGGUCCUUGGACUUUGAACAUACCAUCAAACAAUUUUCCAUUAAUAAGUCAAGAAAAGUAUGUUUAUUAUAA